CGUGUACACGACCGUAGGCGCCGUGUGUACAUGUGCCGUCAGCUGACAACCUCUGACCGCAGUCACAACACCGUGAACAGCUCUAGCUAGCAGCUUCCAAACGAAGCUCAGCCGUCGGACGCAGUGGGUGAUGUUUCUCGGAGCCAGCAACGUAGACAGAGGUUUGUGCACCACCAGCUCAUGGCGGCCGAAGUCCAGCCGAAGCCCCAGGCUCGGAAGCCAUGCCUGCUUAGCAAAAUCGAAGCUUUCCAGGAGGUCGUGAGCACGGCGGUUAUCAUUCCUAAAGAAGACGGCGUUAUAAGCGUGUCUGAGGACAGAACGAUUCGGGUAUGGCUGAAGAGAGACAGUGGUCAGUACUGGCCCAGUGUCUAUCAUACAAUGUCAUCGUCAUGCACCUGUAUGUCCUUUAAUCCAGAGACCAGGCGGUUGUCUGUGGGGAUGGACACUGGAAGUAUCUGUGAGUUCAUCCUGUCAGAAGAUUAUAACAAGAUGACCCCAGCACUCACUUACCAGGCUCACCAGGGCAAAGUCACAGUAGUUCUGUUUGUGUUGGAGAUGGAGUGGCUAUUGAGCACCGGCCAGGACAAAAACUUCACCUGGCACUGUUCAGAGAGCGGCCAGCAGCUCGGGACAUAUCGGACUGCAGCCUGGGUUUCAGGACUACAGUUUGAUGUGGAGACAAGACACGCCUUUGUAGGGGACCAGUCUGGUCAGGUGACCAUCCUAAAGCUGGAGCAGGACAGCUGCAGCCUGGUUACCACCUUCAAAGGACACACCGGCAAUGUGACGGCACUAUGUUGGGACCCGGUCCAGAGGGUACUAUUUUCUGGCAGCUCGGAUCACUCCAUCAUCAUGUGGGACAUCGGAGGACGCAAAGGCACUGCUAUCGAACUGCAAGGACACAAUGACAAGGUUCAGGGUUUGUGCUACGCCUCUCACACCCGCCAGCUCAUCUCCUGCAGCUCAGAUGGAAGCAUUGUCAUCUGGAACAUGGAUGUAACACGACAAGAGACCCCAGAAUGGCUGGACAGUGAUUCCUGUCAGAAAUGUGAGCAACCUUUCUUCUGGAACUUCAAACAAAUGUGGGACAGUAAGAAGAUCGGCCUGCGACAGCACCACUGCAGGAAAUGUGGCCAGGCAGUUUGUGGCAAAUGUUCCUCCAAACGUUCCACCAUCCCCCUCAUGGGCUUUGAGUUUGAGGUGCGCGUGUGCGACAGCUGCCACGAGUCCAUCACUGACGAGGAUCGAGCGCCCACAGCCACCUUCCACGACAGCAAGCACAACAUUGUUUACAUGCACUACGAGCCCACCACUGGAAACCUGCUCACCUCUGGCAUGGACAAGGUUAUCAAGUUGUGGGACAUGUCUCCUGUGGUCUCCUGAGGACUGUGGACAAGCAGCAAUCUGCAGGAAUCUCUGGCAAACUGUGACGGUUUCAUGGCAGCAGUCGCACUUGGAAGAGAAAAAAGGAUGGAUCUUCCAACAGUAUCAGUGUCAUCUGGAUAAUAUUUAACAGUUAAUCCACAGUGAAUAGUGGUUGUUGCAGAUUCACAGCAAUGACACUGCAGGCUAGUGAAGUCUGGGAACAGUACAGGCCUUGCUCAACAAGUCAGCAGAGACUUACUGGUGUUUGCUUGUGAAGAGUUCUGUUGUUUGGAGAGUUCUCUGUGAAAUACGUUCAGGCGUUUCACUUUGUAAAUAGUUACACAUGAUAUUUACUUAAUUUCCAUGCAUUCCUUGCCAAUUUCAUACUGGAAACUCCUAAAACAGUAACUUUAUGACUAGUGGAUAACAAACUCCUUUUUUUUCUCGAUUACAAGCAGUCACUGUCAAACACUUAAUAAGCACAUUCUUCACAUGAAGAAUUGUUUGAUUAUUGUCCUAUCAAAUCUGCAUCUGCCAUCCUGCAUUAGCAGCACUUCAGGCCUGCAGAUGUAGAUGUUAAUAUUCUACACUUGCAGUUAAAGAAAGAGUUAACACUUGAACCACAUGCUUAUAUUAGUAUAUUUAUUUUCUUUGUGUUAUGGUUCACGCUUGAUAACUAGUCACUAUCACAUUGAGCUCCAGGAGGCACAACAAAUCUGAGCUUUUCAAGGUUUGUCGCUUUUCAAAAUACAUUUUUACGGAGUAUAGCAUUAAAUAUUUUAGGCAUUGAAACCACAAAAUAUCCCAGAUUUUGUUGUUUUUUUUUUGUAUGUAUGUUGUAAUAGUUGCUUGAUACAUACAUACUUGUUAGGUCUGCACCAAAUCCACCAGUCAGUUUUACUUCUUUUUAUUUUUUAUCUCUGUGCAGACCUGGUGAAAUAUAAAAUAUGGGGACUGUCAUUGACACACUUUGGAUUUCAGAAGUGUCACAACUGCAAAUGCACUCAUCAAAUACAUCGUUUUUAAGCUAAACAUAUUAAAUAUUAAUAUUAUAAAACAAAGAAAAAGGGGAGUUGUCACAGUGGGUGGCUCCAGGGUCAACUCUGAACAAGCCUGCAGAUGGUGCUAGUUACAAGGGGAUUAUUUCAUCUACAGUCUGUUCCUGGUUCACAUCUCUGUCUGUUCUGAAUCAUUUUCAUGAGGCAACGUGACACACGGGGAUUCAAAUUAUGUCUUUUGGACCUUUUCUUGCUGUUCCCCCACUCAUCGACCACUAAAGGGAAGAGUUAGCUUCUUCAAACAAGCAGGGGAAUGUUUUUAUUUAAAAUUAGGCCAAAGGGUUGUGUGAAGAAGCAUAAACAGUAUCUAAUGCAGUUUAAAAGUUGUACUUUUCUGUAUACGGAUGCCCCUGACUUGUGUGUAAUUGUGUGUAUGAUCACUCUUUUAGAGGUAGCUGAUGUAUACCUCUUUAUUUUAGUAGUUAAAUCUCCAUGUUUACAAAGACGCUAGACAUGUUAGGCUACAAUCUGGGAAACUUUAAAUGGAUCAGAACAAGGACUUCUUUGAUUUGUUCUCUGAUUGUAGCAUCACAAAGCUUCAACAUCGUUUCCAAACAAGCAGAUGUCCCUCUGUAUUACUGUUUUAUGUUUGCUCUGGAAAGGAGAUUGGAGAGGAUGCUGACGAGGAAUCUGUUGUGUAAUUGUGUGACUGAACCAAUCAGACUGCUUCUUGAUCUUCAGUUAUGUCAGCUUAGGUGCAGUUUUAUGAGGUUAUUUAUCAAUGAAAUACGGCUCAAGUUUUUCUCACAAGUAAAAAUCACAUAUCAUCAAGCUAAUCUGCGGUAGCGCACACUCGUUCCAGGACUGAAAAGAAACUAGUUGUGGUUUGAAUUGUUACUGUUUUGUUUUUUUUUUACUCUUAAUUGUAUGCUGACUUUAUUGUUGAAGCACUGGAAUCAAAGAGCAACACUAUCUCAUAAUUGCUGUAAAGAGAAAAUUACUUCUUUAAUUAUUACAUUUGUUUUAAUGAAAACCUAACCAAGUCUAAUUCAGACAUACUUUUAACCCCACUGAUUAUUUUCCAAAGAUCAUUUAUUUUUAUUGCAAUGUUACUUUAAAGAUUUUGUCCUAACGAAAAAUGUAAAAAGUGAUCAGCUUUACUAUUAUUGUUAAGAAGAGUCUGCACUUUCAUAGCUUCUCAUACAUGUCCAACGGCUAUUUACUCAUAAACAGAAGGUACUCUGUGGUAUUCUUUUGCUUUCCAGUUCAAAUGCAUGGCAAACCAAUGUACUGUAACUAAUGCAAGACUAAUUCUGCCAUGUAGUGUUACAAAGAAAAAAACACCCAAAGAACUGAAACUUGUCUGCUUAUUGUGCAAGUAUACCCAUAUUUAUACAAAUUUAGACAUAAACAAGCCAAUAAUGAGUAAAAUCUCUUUAGCGUACAAAUGUGUGUACAAAAUACUUAUGGGAUUGUCACUUCCUAAAUGAAACAUGGCUUAAAUCAAUAUGUGGCCAGUAGUUUACGUUUCUGCUCCAGGAAGGAGAACAGGAUUUAUCAUGCGUCUGUUUCCAUUGAUGCAUAAAUGACAUGCA